CCCCCCUUUUAAAAUAAAGCGGCGGCGGCGCGGCGGGAAGAGGGGGGUGUGUUGUGCGAGGCGGCCUCGUUAGCUCCCGCACAUCGACGGGGGGCACGGACACAGCCGGGGCGCCGCAGGAUGCCCGCAGCCGCAGCCAGAAGCUGAGGCGGGCGGGGGACGAAAGGUCGCGAGGAGGAGAAGGAGGAAGGCGGGAGCAGCGCGCCUGAGGGUCUCUCGCCCGCUCCGAGGAUGGCGCCGGUGAGCGAGCAGCUGGAGCCGCAGGGUGCAGAGGGGGAGCCCGCUGCCGCGCCCCCCCUGCGCGGCCCGUCGGCUGCCGAGGAGCCGCGGCAGGAGAACGGCGGCGAGUGGUGCCCUGGGAGCAGCGAGAGCGGGGCCCAAGCCCGGGCGGCGGCGGAGGCCCCCGGGGGCGCGGGCUGCCCCGGGAGCGCGGCGGCGCCGGAGCCCCCCGAGGGCGGCUGGGGCUGGGUGGUGAUGCUGGCCGCCAUGUGGUGCAACGGCGCCGUCUUCGGCAUCCAGAACUCGUGCGGGGUCCUCUUCGUCUCCAUGCUCGAGCUCUUCGGCGGCAGCGAGGACAAGCAGAUGGCCUUCAAAACAGCAUGGGUGAGCUCUCUCUCUAUGGGAAUGGUCUUCUUCUGUUCUCCAAUAGUCAGCAUAUUCACAGACCUGUUUGGUUGUCGAAAAGUUGCUGUUGUUGGAGCUGCAGUAGGGCUUGCUGGACUCCUUGCAAGUUCUUUUGUAAGCACCAUUGAACCUCUGUAUUUCACCUACGGAAUCUUGUUUGCCUGUGGCUGCUCCUUUGCGUACCAGCCGUCCUUGGUCAUCCUUGGGCACUAUUUCAAGAAACGCCUGGGACUGGUGAAUGGCAUCGUCACUGCAGGCAGCAGCUUGUUCACAGUGUCACUGCCCUUCCUCUUGAGAGUUUUGCUCGAUUCUGUCAAUCUGUUCAACACCUUGCGGGUCCUGUGCAUCCUGAUGUUUAUUCUGUUCCUGGCUGGAUUCACGUAUAAACCCCUCAUUCCUGACACCAAAGACAAGGAGGGAGGAAAGAAGGGGAAGUUCAAAUUUCCUCCUGGAAAAAAGAUUUGCAAUUUCUCCGUUUUCAAAGUUCUCAGUUACCGAAUCUGGGCUUUUGGGAUCCCAGCUGCCCUUUUUGGAUAUUUUGUGCCUUAUGUUCACUUGAUGAAUCAUGUGAAAGACAGAUUUGGUGACAGUGUGCCAGAAGAAGUGCUUCUGCUGUGUCUGGGCAUUACUUCAGGAGUUGGCAGGCUGAUCUUUGGCAGAGUUGCAGAUUAUAUUCCUGGUGCAAAAAAAAUUUAUUUACAGGUGGCCUCAUUCUUCUUUAUUGGCUUGAUGUCUAUGAUGAUUCCACUGUGCCAUGUCUUUGGAGCUCUCAUAGCUGUGUGUCUCUUCAUGGGCCUAUUUGAUGGGUGCUUCAUUUGCAUUAUGGCUCCUAUUGCCUUUGAGCUUGUUGGGGCUCAGGAUGUCUCCCAGGCCAUAGGGUUUCUGCUGGGACUCAUGUCAGUCCCUAUGACAGUCGGCCCACCCAUUGCAGGCUUGCUGCGGGAUAAGCUGGGCACCUAUGAUGUAGCAUUUUACCUGGCUGGAGUCCCUCCCCUUAUUGGUGGAGCUAUUUUAUGUUGCAUCCCCUGGGUCCAUGAACGGCAGAAGUUAAAAGAAAGAGCAAAACCUGUUGAUGGAGAAACUACUGAGAAAAUGCUGGAAAACGAAAGCACUUUGGUGUCAAACACAACAGAAAAGCCAGUCAGAGAACUGGAAUCUGGCAUUUGAUGCUUUCUUUUCCCUGUACCAUCCUGACCUCUACUGAAGUUUGAUUUCUACUUUUUGGCUGAAGAUAUUAUACUACACUGAAGAAGUCUUGAACUAUUGCUCAAAUUGCAAAACUGUUAUAAGAAUCUUUUAUACUAUUGAACUUUUUUGAUGAAUUGUUGAAUUUGAUCUCAAGCCACAUUUUCAAGGUAUUUGAAGUUUUGUAGCUUUAGUGUGUAUGUGUGUAGUGAUUCUGUGUGUGAAGAGAAUAUUUUUCUAAUCCAUCAGAACCGAUUUCUGGAAAUGUGAAAGCUGUUUUUGGUUCACUGAUCCAGGAUUCUUCAAUCACAUUUAUGGCCCAUCCAAUGCAGGCACACCCAUGGGUGUUUAUACUGGAUAAUGUAGUAGCUCUUAUGACUGAUUUGUUUUUUGAAGUUUCUCAUGCUGUUUACAGUCUUUUAUAAUUCUAUAUCAUGAACAUGAAUAUGCAUAUUUUUCAUUCCCUAAACUCUUGAUGAAAUGAUUUUUCAUUAGAAAACUAAAUUAUUAAACAUCUGCUUUAUUUUCUCUAAAUACCCCAGCCUGUUUAGUUUGCCAAAACACUCACGUGUGUUUGCAUUCAACUUUCAUGGUAGCCCAAACAAAGAAUAUUCAGGAUUAAAUUCUUGGGCUCAGGUUUUGAAUAUGUGCAAACCAAGCUCUGAGUGCGAACACGUUCAGAAGUAAAGCUGCUGAAUGAUAGACUUUUUUUAUUUAGUGAAGGCAAUACUAUUAAGAUGCAUGUGUAUAAUUUUUUUUUCAGCCAAACCUCAGAGUAGUGGAUAGUUUUGAAACUGUAUUGAUUAAUUCUUUGGAACAGUAUUGUGAAUUAGACUGAAUUUCAAAUUAUUCUGUUAUACUUGUUAGUUUUUUUAUUCUUAAAAACCAGACAGCUUUAAAAGAUACAUUCUAAGUGCAAUACCAAGUUGUUUUUAACGUGGAAAUAUACAUGAGCUAUUAAAACGAAGUUCAUCAGUUAAGGAUUUUUGCACUAAGUGAACAUGCAGGUUGAUUACAGGUCUAUAUAGCUGUGUUCAAUUACCUGUAGGAUAUAGCUCCAUAUUUUAUUCAAAUAUAAAGAAAUGUCUUUGCAUGUCCUAUUUCUUGCUUAACAUCCUAAACAUAUGGCUCCAUUGCUUAUGUAUUCUUAGGUAUUAUACACUGUUUGUUGAGCAGGUAUUUUGAAAACCUCUUUUUCUGAAAAGUAUUUAAAAGCAUACUACUUUGAGAUGAAAACACUGCUUUUCAGUUUAUCAUAAAAUACUUCUAAGCACAGUGCUUAUUUGUGGAUGUGGAUCAGCAAACACUGAAAUAGAAUAAUUCUUUUUUUCAGGUCCAUUCGAUACCAAUCAUUUUUCUUUCCUUGUUUAGAACUGUCAUAGUGAAGAGUAAACUAAAUGUGAUCUGGACAAAGUGUGUAUUUAAGUGCAUUUUCUUAAUUAGUAACAGUACUUGUUCUUUACACAAACCAUGGAGGCAUACUGUUCUUUUUAAACUACAGCCUUUAUUGUCUUUUCUGGUUUCAUUAUUUUUCUUUCUCCAGUGUUGUUGUAGUAAAUUGCUCAGAAAACCCACCUCCAUUUGUGAUACAAAACAGCAAUACUAUUGCAUUGAAUGUUUACAUCUAGCAACUGAAAGAAGUUCUCUAAAUGUACUAUUCAGAGCAUGCUAGCCAUUGUAGACCAAACCUCAGACCCUUUUUCUAUUGCAGACUUUCAAUCCCUACUUUAUAUGAGUGAGCUCUGAAUAAUUGAAUCUUAAAAUAUUAGAGGUAUAGGGAGAGACUUGAAGGUGGGGAAAAAAAAACCCUAAACCAAUUUGGAAAACAGAGGUCCCUUCAGGCUCACUGGGACUUGUGCUUUGGCACGUCAUAAGUACUUCUAAAAUUUUCAUUAAGAGAUGCAUAGUAUUGUUAAUUAAAAUUACUAUGAAAUGCUGCCUUCAUUACAAAAGUGAUGUUAGCAGUUGAUGUUGCUCUUGUCUGGAGUAUUUCUGUAGAACAUGUUAUUCAGUAUUAUUUUCCAGUUGGGCAAGGCAAAAGGUGGUCUUGAGUAAGUGUGGUAAAAGCCUCUUGUUUCCUAUUGCUUUGUUAUGAAAAAUUAAUGUUCAUCACAGAUCUUGCAUUUCAUGUGUUUUAGUGUUGAGUUUUAAACCAAAAACAAGGCUGCUCUUUAUCACUGGUGCAAUUUGAAAUGAUUGUGACCAGAUAUCUUGAUGUAAUUGUGACAUUUUCCUGACUUGCUGCUCUAUAUCUCUAUAAAUUAUCUAGCAGAGUAUAUAAAGUAAUUGUUGUUAAGUUUUAGAAAUGACACAGAGAUGAUAUAACAAUAAUAUGGAUUAAUUAUUGGCAUGUCCUUUAAAAAUAAAAAUCCAAACUCUCAUAUUUGAGUAACGAAAAACAUUAUAUUGCUCACAAAUAUGAAGGACAGCAUUUAUUUAAAAAAAAAAAAAAAGGCAAACCAAAAGCUACCAACAAACAAAUGACUCCAGGAGAAGGUACAAUGAGUGAAUAACUGUUUAGGAGUAAUUACUAUGUCAAAACCAGCUAGUGAAUGGGAUAUUAGAUGAGAGGGAAGCAGAGUUAGGGAUGAGGAAGCUAUGCUGGUGUGGUGAUGUUGGAAUAAUGAACGUAUUCUUAUGCCAGUGCUUGUUUUGCCAAAACUCUAAAAUUGGAAAGGUUUCUCAGAGAAGGUAAAGUAAAUUAAUGCAGAAGAAUUCUGUUAGCAUCUUUUCUGUUAGCUUGUAUCUAUGGGGGAAAUGUCUGAUAGAAAAUGGACAAAAGCAUAAGGAGUUUGUGUCCUAAAGCUAGAUAAGACAUAGUUAAAAAUGAAAAAAAAAAUAA